UCACAGGACUCUGGACAUUCCAGGGUAUCCUGGAGACCAAGGUCUUCAGGGCAUGGUCUUCCUCCUUCAGCCGGAGGGAACAUGGCAGGAGACAGAGGAGUGACCCUGUUUGUCCUGCUGCUGUCCUGCUGGUGCCACACAGAGCCCCAGCCCAUCAACACGACUUCAGGUACAGUCACAGGUCCACGUACGGUACUGCCACCAAAUUUAAAAAAUUUUAAUGACAACGUGGCUGCACUAUUUGAUGAAAUUCUAGUCCAAGAGAUAUUGGAUCCAAGUAAUUCAUCAUUGCUUAUGACACAAAGACCACUACCAAAAUCAACAACGAUUAUGAAGAAAAAAAAAACCUAUACUCAAACGGAUUAUAAGAUGGAUAUUAAUAAGAAGCAUCAUAAAAAGAAAUUCUCUUCUGGGAAAGAAAAAAGGCCUUUCUUUGAUGAGGAGAAAGAGACACUUUAUCAGAUUAAAAGCCAAUCAGUUCUGGAAAAAAUCAUUGACAGCCUUCGAAGAGCUUUAGGCAACACUCUCAAGCAAGGACUGCAGAAGCACAGGCGUUUGUUCAAAGGAGCCAAACACCACAAGGGGAAAUGGAGCCGGAACUGAGAAGCCAAGACCGCCUGAGGGGACAUCCACUCACCCCACCACUAGGAGGAAAAAUAAAAUAGAAUCACUAUUUUCUAUAAAGAAGAAUCUCUUUAUUCAGGGAGUGCCAAAUAAAAUGAACAUAUUUGAAUAUUAA